GGCUGUUAUAAGGUGGAGUGAAGCGGGCGGGGCUAGGACCUUUCUGCCCAGAAUGUCUGCGAGUCAAGAGAGCCGAUCUAGAGACAAUGGCCCUGAAGGAAUGGACCCCGAUGGUGUCAUUGAGAGCAAUUGGAAUGAGAUCGUGGACAGCUUUGACGACAUGAACCUGUCUGAGUCGCUCCUACGAGGAAUCUAUGCUUAUGGUUUUGAGAAGCCCUCUGCUAUCCAGCAACGAGCCAUUCUCCCUUGUAUCAAGGGUUACGAUGUGAUUGCCCAAGCCCAGUCUGGCACUGGGAAGACUGCCACGUUUGCCAUCUCCAUCCUGCAGCAGAUUGAGCUGGACCUGAAGGCCACCCAGGCCCUGGUCCUGGCUCCAACAAGAGAGCUGGCCCAGCAGAUCCAGAAAGUGGUGAUGGCUCUGGGCGACUACAUGGGCGCCUCCUGCCAUGCCUGCAUAGGGGGGACCAACGUCCGUGCCGAAGUCCAGAAGCUGCAGAUGGAAGCCCCUCACAUCAUUGUGGGGACCCCCGGGCGAGUCUUUGACAUGCUGAACAGGAGGUACCUGUCUCCCAAGUUCAUCAAGAUGUUCGUGCUGGAUGAAGCCGACGAGAUGUUGAGCCGCGGUUUCAAGGACCAGAUCUAUGACAUAUUCCAGAAGCUGAGUGGGAACACACAGGUGGUGCUCUUGUCUGCCACGAUGCCCAUGGAUGUCCUGGAGGUGACCAAGAAGUUCAUGAGGGACCCCAUCCGCAUCCUGGUGAAGAAGGAGGAGCUGACCCUGGAAGGCAUCCGGCAGUUCUACAUCAACGUGGAGAGGGAGGAGUGGAAGCUGGACACUCUGUGCGACCUCUACGAGACCCUCACCAUCACCCAAGCCGUCAUCUUCAUCAACACCCGGAGGAAGGUGGAUUGGCUCACUGAGAAGAUGCAUGCCCGGGACUUCACCGUUUCGGCCAUGCACGGAGACAUGGACCAGAAGGAGCGUGACGUCAUCAUGAGGGAGUUCCGCUCCGGUUCUAGCCGUGUCCUGAUCACUACCGACUUGCUGGCUCGUGGCAUUGAUGUGCAGCAGGUCUCCCUGGUUAUCAACUAUGAUCUGCCCACCAACCGGGAGAACUACAUCCACAGGAUUGGUCGAGGCGGCCGCUUCGGCAGGAAAGGGGUGGCCAUCAACAUGGUGACGGAAGAGGACAAGCGCACCUUGCGCGACAUCGAGACCUUCUACAACACCUCCAUCGAGGAGAUGCCUCUCAACGUGGCCGACCUCAUCUGAGCCUCGGCUGCCCGGCGGGGCCACAUCGGUGCCUAUAACAACCUCCCCGGUGGGCACAACAAAACACCCCUCGAUCCUUCCCACCCAACCAGAAAGAAAACCCCAAAUAUUUGCCCUUUUCUAUUUUUUUUUUUUUGAGUUUUCUUGCCUUUUGAAUAAAUGUCACUUUUUUGGAGGCAAAAAAUGAAAUUUAUAGUGUUUACUGGCGCUUUUUCCUCUGUCUCUUUCUCUCUCUUUCAUUCCUCCUUUUCCCCUUCUCUCUUUUCUUUCUCUCUCUCUCUCUCUCUCUGAUUUCAUUUUUCCAAACAGCCCCCAGAUUCGAACCCAGAACCCACAUCCAGGUCUCCUUAUAUAUAUUUUUUAAUGGAGAGAAGGAAGUUUCCGAAGCUUCCUCGCCUCUCUUCUCGCUUUCCCUCCAGACAAACAUCCCCAUAAUUAUUUUUGUAGCCGUCUUCAACGUUUUUUCCCUUUUUCCGCAGAAUCAUGGUGCUAAAACACUGGGGGAAGGGGGAAACCGCUUGAGAAUUUGAAACCUACCUCACAAAGAAGGUCAUGGUUUUCUGUUCUCCCUGCCUGGAAAUCAUUGGUGAAGAAGCAAACACGCAAAACACACAAACACACAAAAAACAUGCCAAUUUUUCUCCCCCUUUCGACGCCAAGGCGCAAAACCCUUUUUCUCCUUCCUUCCCUCCCUCAAUUCCCAUUGUUCGUUCGUUAAAAUAAAAUCGAAAAAAAAAAUUGGAAAACUUUUUUCAUACAGCAAAAAAAGAAAUCUGUGCGUUGCAAAACCUGAAAAAAACCCUUUUUUUGUAUAGCUAUUAUUUAUUCAAAAGGAAAAGUUACAGUGACCAAAAUAAACGUGAUCUUGAGAAAAACAAAACCAAA